AAAAAUAAAAAAUGCUUCCAACGUUUUUGUCCCUCCUCAUUAUCCUUCACACAAACUUCCUAUUCCUCCCUGCGGGCGGUGUGCCCCUACCAGCGGCAGGCGGUUGAGUGGGACGAGUUCUGCACCCGUGGCUACUCCAAUCGGACUCUUCUCGGGUCACGGGAAACUUCUCUCUGGUACUUGCUUAUGAACUCGCAGAACGUUACAAGCCCCGACCGGUUUAUGGCUGUCGUACGGCAGCUCCUGGCAGAUCUGAGCAGCCGGGCGGCCUCCGGCGCGGGCCUCUGCGGAAAAUGGCCGCGGGGAGUGCGGCCGGGCCCGAUUCGCAGGAGAUUUACGCGAUGGUGCAGUGCAGCCCGGAUCUGUCGGGAGAUGAUUGCACGGCGUGCUUGCGUGAGGGUGCUUCGUUCGUACCUACAUCGAGAGGGGCUAGGGCACUCGCGCCCAGCUGCAACCUACGUUUCGAGACUUCCCCCUUUGUUAACGAGACUAGGCUCCAGGAGCUCCAGCCGCCGCCUCCGACGCCGGCAAUUCAGCCGCCGUCGGGCACCACUGAGAGGCUGUCUCCGCCGCAGCCUGAAACAGGUGAUGAUAACAUUACAACCCGAACGAUUGUCAUUGUCGUUGUCUCAGUUGCGUCGUGCAUAAUAGUAGUUACAUUUGCUUGCGUUCUAAUAAGAAAGAGACUCAAACAUAAGCCAGAGGACCAACAUCAGAAUGACGACAUAAGCGGCGCAGCCGAAUCUCUGAAGUAUGAAUUAAGCACAAUUAGAGAAGCUACAAAUGAUUUCUCAGAUGAAAACAAGCUUGGUCAGGGUGGAUUUGGAGCUGUUUACAAGGAAUUUGGUUAGACUUUUGGGCUUUUGCCUAGAAGGAGCUGAGAAACUUCUCGUCUACGAAUUUGUGCAGACUGCGAGCCUAGACAAAUUUAUAUUCGACCCCGUCAAACGUUCUUAUCUUGAUUGGGAAAAACGCUACAAGAUUAUAGGAGGCAUAGCUAGGGGAAUUUUGUUCUUGCACGAAGAUUCUCAGCUCAGAAUCAUUCACCGUGAUCUCAAACCUAAUAACGUUCUUCUAGAUGGUUCUAUGAACCUAAAAAUCGCAGAUUUCGGCAUGGCAAGGCUAUUUGAGCAAGAAGAGACUCAAGGAAACACGAGCAGGAUUGCCGGAACAUUUGGAUGUAUGUCCCCAGAAUAAGUGAUGCACGGACAAUUUUCGAUAAAAUCCGAUGUCUUCAGCUUUGAGGUGCUACUCCUAGAAAUCAUUAGUGGCCAGAAAAACAAUUGCGUUCAGCAAGGAGAGAACAUAGAAGGCCUCUUGAGCUUCGCCUGGAAGAAUUGGAAAGAUGGGACAGCUGAAAAUUUGGUGGAUCCUUGCUUGAGGUCUUGUUCGGGUACAAUUCGUGACAUGGUGAGAUGCAUUCACAUUGGUUUACUAUGCGUGCAAGAGAACCCCACUGAACGACCAACAAUGGCUUCUGUUGUGCUAAUGCUCAAUAACAGCUUCUCUGUAACUUUGGCGGCGCCUGCAGAACCUGCAUUCUAUAUGGGGUUUGAGUACAAAAGCUCUUCUAAGGGAAGUAUACAAAUUCAAUCUGAUAAUCCUUCGAGAAAUGAUGCCUCGAUCUCGAGCUUAUAUCAACGUUGAUCUGCGUCAUGAUGAGAAAUGCUAUGAUUGGGGCUUGUUAGAUUAUUUUUCAUUGUCUGAAUGGAAUAUGUUGGAUUGGAGUAAGUUGGUUAGAAUAUAGGAAUGUUGUGUGUUGUAAAAUAAUUUCCCAGGUGCGCAGUUGUAAAAUUGUAAAUGUAAAAUGCACAAAUUCAAGGAUAAAAAAUUCAACCCAAUGGCUCUUGGACAAAAAAUUCAUGCGAAAAAUCGAUAAAAAUGGCCAUCAAGUCGGGCUCAAGAUACUACGGCUGGCCGGUAUCAAGGAUUAUGAACAGGGGAAAUGUUUGUAUAAUUCCCUUGUCCCUUGUUUCUACUGUGAUUUGAUAUAGAUUAUUUUGUGAAACAUUGAUUGGGUAAAUUGAGUUGAAAUUAUUCGUUGAGUCGAAAAAAUAAUAAUUUUGAAUUUAUGAAUGAAUA